UUAUAUCUGAUUAUUGUAUUAAUAUUAUCAAAUUAUAGAUAUAAGUAUACAUAUAUAAUUUUAAUUAAACUUUUUAUGUUUACAAAUUUUAUUUUAUUAAUUAUUAUUUAAAUUAAUAAAUAUUAAUAAAUAUUAUUUUAAUUAUUUUUAUUAUAUUGUUAACAAUAUAAUAUAUUUCUGAUAAUAUAUAAUACUUCAAAUCAAGGCCGGUCCUGUGGCGCAACGGAUAACGCGUCUGACUACGGAUCAGAAGAUUCCAGGUUCGAAUCCUGGCAGGAUCGAAGUUUUUUUUCCUAAAAUUUUUAAAUAAACCAUAUUACAAUCAAUUAUUUAUAUAGCAUGUCUGUAUGGAAUAUUUAUGACUUUUAAUAUUAAUAAACAUUCUAUGAUAUAUCUUAUAUUCUGUUCAGAAUAAUUCGAAUAUCUAUAUAACAUUAAAUUACAAACAAAUAUCGUUACUAUUAAUAAUUUAGGAUCAAUCCUAAAUUCCAACGAAGAUAAUGUGAUAUAAAAGAUACUUACUUAAUGCUGUGGAAACUAAUUGGAAAUGAGCGUAGUCGGUGGGUCAAAUAAAUUAACCUAGUAUGCACACGAGAACCGGUUGUAAGACAAUGUAAACUGAGAAGAAUAUCAAGUUUGUGGGUAGGCGUCGACGUGGCACGAUACUCGAUACAUCAGCUGCUAUGAACCUACCUGUGACUUCUCCGUGGAGAAUGGCGCAUUACGGAAGAGUGGGGCCAAAAGGAAAGGACCGGUUUUUCUGGUUUUCAAUAUCUUCGACCCUCAUAGCCUAUUCUUGCUACCUUCACUAUAGCAUGCUAUAAGAUAUGAUCAGGAAGUACUUUAUAGUCCGAGCAAAUGGAGCAAAAGAUUCGAUCAAAUGCAAAUAUUGUCAAAUUAUUGUAAAUUUUCUAAAGAGGUUACCGAAAAUGCUCGUAAAACUUUAAAAUGUGAACUUGAUAUUCCGUAUGGAACAACAAAAGGAACUAAAUACGAUAUUUAUGGAACUGACUUACCUAAAGAUUCCCCUAUAUUUAUAUUCAUUCAUGGUGGUUAUUGGCAAGAAGGUAGUAAAGAUGUAUCUGCAUAUGCAGCUCCUGUCUUUGUUAAUAAAGGAAUUAAAGUUAUAACCAUUGGUUACGAUUUAUGUCCUAAUGUUAAACUUAGAGAUAUAAUAUCGCAGAUAAAAACAGCAAUUGCACAUAUACUAAAAUCUGCUUCGAGUCUCAAAUGUCGGUAUGAUAUAAUUAAUAUUUAUAUAAUAAUUUUGUUAAUAUACAAAUUACAAAUUUGUAUAAAUUGGAUGGAUUUAUAUAGGAAUGUUUGGAUCUCUGGCCAUAGCGCUGGUGCACAUCUAGCGUCCAGUAUUUUAUAUGAUAAAUUAUGGUUAGAUGAAAUGACAAAACAUGAAUACUUAUAUCUAUUAAAAGGUAUCGUGUUAAUAAGCGGGAUCUUUAAUUUGGAACCUCUUGUCAAUACUAGUAAUAAUACAGCUUUAAAACUUACAAAAAAUGAAAUCGACGCAUAUAGCUUUACCACUCUCAAUAUUAAGAAUAAUACUUCUAUUCAAGGGUUAAAAGUUAUUGUAACCAAUGGAGAAUGUGAUUCACCAGUAUUUAUCAAUGAAUCACGCGAGUGUGCUCAGAAACUUAUUACAAUGGUAGAUAAUGUUCAAUAUAUUUUGUUAAGAGAAAAUAUCGAUCAUUUUGAUAUCGUAGAAAAUCUUACAAACGAGGAAUUUAUUUUGACGAAACUGAUAUUACGUAAUAUUUUGUAUGAUUAGAAAAAAACUUAUAUAGAAAUAAUAUCGUACAUAUUGAACAUACACUCAAAUAAAUUUAUAACAAACA